AUGACUGCUACGAAUCAUGCUCCGACCAAGAGUAUACAAAAUCCACCGCCCUCCAAUAGCACUCAUACGCAUCAUGAAACACAGCAACCCGCGCCGCCUCGUAUUGAAACACCGAAGCAUCCCAAACAGCCUCAUAUUGAAUCGCCCCAGCAUCCUGAGCCUCCUCACCACCAACUACCUCAAAGCCCUGAACCGCCUCACCACCAACCACCUAAAAGCCCCGAGCCAGCCCAGCACCCCAAACCCAACAACGAUCCCAAUCGCCAAUUCGGCAUCUCCUACUCCCCAUACAAUGCCGACAGGAGCUGCAAGACCCAAGACCAAGUAAACAAGGACCUAGACAUCCUCACCCAAUACAAAUUUGUUCGCAUUUACGGAACAGACUGCGAUCAAGCCACACUUGUCGCCCGAGCAGCCCGACUCCAUAACAUGCAAUUAUUCGCCGGAAUCUACGACCUUACAGACUUCCCAACAAGUCUCAAUGCAUUCAAAGAAGCCGCCACAGAAGAUAACGGAAAUCAAGACUGGUCCGUUUUCCACACCAUAGCAGUCGGCAACGAACUCGUAAACAGUGGCCGCGCCACGCCAGCCGAAGUCUCCGCCGCUAUUCCGCAAGCUCGUACUUAUCUCCGCGCACAGGGAUAUAAAGGUCCCGUGGUCACCGUUGAUACAUUCUCCGUACUCCUUCAACACCCAGAACUAUGCCUCACAUCAGAUUAUUGUGCAGCAAAUUGCCAUGCCUUUUUUGACGCAACGCAGCAGCCACAUAAUGCUGGCCCUUAUGCGUUGGAGCAGAUGCAUGCCGUUUCGAUGGCGGCUGGAGGGAAGCAUACUAUUCUUACAGAGUCGGGGUGGCCGCAUGCUGGAGAGGCGAAUGGAAUUGCUACUCCAUCGCCGGAGAACCAGAGGAUUGCGGUUGAGAGUUUACGGAGGAGUUUUGCGCAUCGGGGGGAUGAAAUGGUUCUUUUUACGGCAUUUGACGAUCUGUGGAAAGAUGAUAACCGGUAUACGUUUAGUGCGGAAAGGUUUUGGGGGAUUCAUGAUCAAUAG